AAUCAACCUGCUCUUGCUGUUCUUCUUGAAACUGCAUUUUUGUGGUUAUGUUGCCUUUGAUAGAUCAUUUUACUGUCAUGUUUACUUCUUAUUUAUACGUUUGACAGUUGAUUUUGACAAAUUUCCGCCUUACAGCAUUUCUUCCUAAAUAAUAUGAACUAUUUUAUCUAGCAGUAUUUAUUAUUCAGUAAAUGUAACAUUAUCUUAUACAUAAUUUACAGUGAUUGAUAAAUUUUGCAAGUUAAAAGCCUAUCAAAUGGAGUUUGAGUGGGUGCUUCAUGAAGAAGUUCAUUCUUCGCUGUCGCAAUUAAGAAACAUCUUAAUGGAAUGCGCGCAAAGGUUUCCAUUAGCAUUAUUUGGCAAUGAUCAACACAAUAAAACAGAUAGGUUCGUAUUUGCUGCACCUCAUGAUCAAGUAAAAUGUGUAGCAGUUUUAACUGGUGAUAGUAUCACUAACGCGGAAGUAAAUUUUAAAGUACAACGACAACAAAAUAUUAAUAUGAGAACAAGCAUACAGAAUGAGCACCCAUGGAAAUUGCAACAAAUACAGGAUGCUGCCAAUCAUCUACAGCAAGCCAUUGCUCAUAUAGAUAACGUUGAUCGUCAUUAUCUUUUUAAAACAUCUGAUGAAGUAAUGCAUGUAUUAGGAAACAUACUUGGUUGCCUACAACGUAGCCGAACAAGUUUAAUCGUUCCUAGGAAGAAAACUAUCGAUGAUCUCAUUAAAAGCCGUAAUAUGAAAUCUUUAAAUCCAAAUCUCCCUGAAAAUUUAGCCAUUAGCUUUUACAUUCAGAGCUACAAGUUGGUUCUAGCAGUAUACCAGUUAGAAAAUGCACACGGUAGUGUCAAGUACGAGACGCAACAAGCGGAAUGUAGUGUUCCCUGGCUAAAUGACGCUUUAGUAUUGCUUACUAUAGCGCUACAACUUUGUCAACGAUUAAAAGACAAGAUUUGCGUUUUCUCUCAAUACAAAGAUUUCACAGUUAGCAAUCAUGUUCCUUCUACAGUAAGUUGGUAAU